CCCGCGGACUGGGCCAUGGAGAAGCUGCGGCGGGUCCUGAGCAGCCAGGACGAUGAGGAGCAGGGCCUGACCGCGCAGGUCCUGGAUGCCUCAUCUCUCAGUUUCAACACCAGAUUGAAAUGGUUUAUCAUAUGCUUCGUGGCUGGCAUUUUUUUUUCUAUCCUUGGAACCGGAUUGCUGUGGCUUCCUGGUGACAUAAAGCUUUUUGCAGUAUUUUACAUUGGGAAUCUUGCUGCAUUAGCCAGUACGUGCUUUUUAAUGGGACCUGUGAAGCAGCUGAAGAAAAUGUUUGAAACAACAAGAUUGCUUGCAACAGUCAUUAUGCUUCUCUGCUUCAUAUUCACCCUGUGUGCUGCCCUUGUGUGGCAUAAGAAGGGAUUGGCCUUACUAUUCUGCAUAUUGCAGUUCUUGUCCAUGACCUGGUACAGUCUGUCAUACAUCCCAUAUGCAAGGGAUGCAGUACUUAAAUGCUGCUCUUCUCUCCUAAGUUGAAAAUCAGAAGCUGCUCCUGGAAAAGCACCUUGGGAUGCUGACAGUCCCUUGCUAGUGAAGCACACUGUUCCUGGUGCAGUGGUCGCUACAGCACCAACCACAGGACUGCAUA